UGGGUAAAAAAAUAACGCGUCUAGAACUUAGGGAGUUCCAACAUGGCGUCGAUGCAGAAACGGUUGCAGAAAGAACUGUUGGCUUUGCAGAAUGAUCCACCUCCAGGAAUGACUCUGAAUGAAAGAAGUGUUCAGAAUACAAUCACAGAGUGGUUUAUAGAUAUGGAGGGCGCUCCUGGAACCCUGUACGAGGGCGAGAAGUUCCAGCUUCUCUUUAAGUUUAGCAGCCGAUACCCAUUCGACUCUCCUCAGGUCAUGUUUACCGGCGAGAACAUUCCAGUCCAUCCGCACGUCUACAGCAACGGACACAUCUGUCUGUCUAUUUUAACAGAGGACUGGAGUCCAGCUCUGUCUGUCCAGUCUGUGUGCCUUAGCAUUAUCAGCAUGCUAUCCAGCUGUAAGGAGAAGCAUCGUCCACCCGAUAACUCCUUCUACGUACGAACAUGUAAUAAAAACCCAAAGAAGACAAAGUGGUGGUAUCACGAUGACACAUGUUAGUAGCACUGGGACUUUUAGCAGUUAUAAACAGGCUCACGGACAGUACACUGGCAGUUUUCAGUCCUACGGUCUUAGGAAUGAGCGGACCUCUUUAGAGAAAUGGCGUUUUGGGAGCGGUACACAUCAGCAAGCUGAAAAAAACCUGAUCUGACUCCAGGAAUGUAAAACUCCACAUGUGUUCAUUGAGAAACACGGAUGAUGCGUGUACUUAGAGGGUUUCUACAUGGUGAGAUUAGCGCUGGAUCACUUUUUACCUCUUUUCCUCUGACACAGUGGAGCCGGUGCUGGUUCUGGGAUCCGGUUUACUAAGCGCCGUUCAUCUGCAGUGCAUCAUGAUUACUUAUUUAUUCUGAACCUGUAACUGUGCAUUAGGAUUAGCAAUAUGGCUUCCGUACAGUUUGUUCCUUGGACCAGUAAUUCACGCUAUAUUUAUUUAAUAUAAUCUUCCAAAGUCGAUGUGAUGUCUCUGAAAUGUAUCAACAAACCUGAGCACAUAUUUACAUUACAUGAUUAGAGUCACCAAUGUAGCUGUUUUAAGGGUGUUAGUAAUUCUUUAAAAAGUUACAGCCUUUAAAAUGUUAAGCAUUUUUAGCUACAUAUCAACUUUCUUUUAGCCGUUUGUUACAAUAACAAAGCAGCAAACAGCUCGCCUCACAUCACCCACAAGCUCUCACUUCUUUGGUCCGCGUGUUUAGUCAAGUGUCUCUUUGGUCCAUAAAACCGUGUUCGAGCUGAAACAGGUUCUGAAUAAGCCCCAUCACCAGGCCUGGCACUGUCACGGUAUCAGCAGACAAGCGGUUGUUUUGUUUUAUUUAUUUGUUCUUCUUCUUUCUUUCCUUCUAGGUUGAUGUUUUGUGCAAUAAUUAAGCCUUUGUGUAAAGGCAGUCAGUCCAGGCAUGUAAAUUGUAUAACAAAAUAAAUAAAUUUAUUUUAGAUGAGCAGAUAAAUGUAAAACUCGCUUUUGCAAAACCAUUUUUUAAAAUAAGCCUUCUUAUUCUGUAUGCAGUCGAUCAGCUAAGAGUUUUGGUGUCUGUUUUGUGGGAAUUUAAUUAAUUUAUUUGCUUUAUUAUGACUCUGCCCCAUUAGGCUCCAGCUUUUUAAAGCUGUAUUUGUAUCUGAAAGUGGUUUUUGUUGACCAUCGAACCUGGAGUGCAGAAGUUACAGUAAAACUAAACCCUGAACCACAUUAAAUUUCUGGUUUGCAGAAUUUGUGGUUGUGUGUCGCACUGAUUUCACAGAGAAUCACUCUCUGUAGCUAGAGCUGACUUAAGAGACAAACCCCAGUGCACCACUAUUGGCACAUGGCUGAAAGGCAUUGUGGGUAAUGUAGGGAAAUGUUAGCCAAUGUGAAAAUGGAUCUACAGGUCAAAAAAGGUUUAAUUUAAAAAUGGAUUUUCUUUAAAAGGCAAAAAUUCGGUCAGCAAGUGUGUGUCAGCAUUUUAACCUUUAACAUUCUGUGUGUACUGCAGAGUGAAGGCUCGCUUCAGUUCUCAUGUUGUAGACAUUUUCGUUUAUAUAAGUUCUGCAACAUAUAAUUGAAUUAUACACAAUAUUGCAGAUCACAAACAGCACUGUUACUGUUCAGCAAUCUAUUUCAUUUUAAAGUAUAACUGGGGGGGGGGGAAUAAUGAAAAUAACCACUUGACCCUUCUAUUAUGUUCUGAUUGAGGUUUUUGAGGUGUAACAGGUGAAUGCUUUGUAAUACCGCAGUGCUGCUUUAUGAAGGCGGUUUGUGUUCUUUUUUUUUCUUUUUUUUCCUGGUAUAUUAUCUCUGGUGUUUAAAGCCCCAGCUUGUGACAGGACUAGAUCUGUUCAGAGCUCAGUAACAGUGUGCAUGCGUGUGCGCACAUGCAUGCGUGUUCUGAUUUCUGAAUGAUUUUUGGCUCUGGCUUUAAAGUUUAGUAAUUUUUAAUUUGAUAAU